AUGCUACUGAAACUAUCCCUCUUUUCUUGGCUUCCUUUUCUUCCGUUUUUGCAAGCAAGUCCGUUGCCAGAUAGUGGUUCCUCGGUUCAUACGGACUCUUCGUCUAUGUCAUCAAUUGCAAAGCGGGGCAUGUUUAACUUCUUAGGCUAUGAUAACUCCGUCGCACCGAAUGACUGUAAAGGUUCAUUCCUUUGUCCAAUGUUACGUGGGGAAUCUAGAGCAUGCCCCAAUGCUUACAUGCAAUAUAAUGCAUCUCUGAUAUACCACGGCUAUACGUCUUAUGCUUCGCAUUGGUGCACAGCCAUCUACAGAUGCGAAAAUGACAAUUAUCCAAGUCGCACAGGUCGAGACAUUAUUGAUGAGUUUGAUCAAUUAAACUUGCAAUGCUCUGCUUGUGGAACAAGAUACUUCAGCGAUGACUUGGAAGGGACUCGUUGCUCAGUAACCUUAAAUUACUGCUACCCAAAAUGCACCAGUGUUAUCCCAGAAACAACGGAGUAUGAAUAUAAAGAGCCUGUUCGCGACUGGUAA